CCCGCCGGCCCCGGUGAGCGCGAUAUUAAUAAAGCAGCGGAAAGAAGAAAUAUGAAUAAGCCUCCCUCAAGGUCCAGCCCAGCACGAAGAGAGAACUAUGGAUUCGGAGAGAGAGACGCGAGGCGCGAGCGCUCUCCUGUGCGGGGCAGUCCACGGAGAGAACCCAGAGAUGGCAGAAAUGGCCGAGAUUCCAGGGAUGUGCGAGACCUUCGAGGGAGAGACAUGCGUGAUGCCAGAGACCAGAGAGAUCCCAGAGACUUCCGAGACCCUCAAGAGCUGAGAGACCCCAGAGACCUGAGGGACCCCCGGGACUUGAGAGAAUCCCGCGAGCCACUGUAUGAGCGCUACAGGGAUGGCCGGGAGCCUCCACCCAGGCGAGAGGAGGGCUAUGAUCGCUACGCACGCAGCGAGGACUAUUACCGACGGAGGGAUGACCCGUACUUUGACCGUUACCACUUGGACAGGCCCCCCCUGAGUGCUGAAGAGCGCAUGAAGCGAGAGGAACGGCGCCGGGAGGAUCUGUACCGCCAGUUCUUCGAGGACAUCAAGCGGCGCAUUGAUGCGGAGCGGCCUGUGGACUGUUCUGUGAUUGUGGUCAACAAACAGACCAAGGACUAUGCGGAGUCCGUGGGGCGGAAGGUGCGAGACCUUGGCAUGAUGGUAGACCUCAUCUUCCUCAACUCGGAGAUGUCUCUGCAGCAGGCGCUGGACGAUGUGAGCCGAGGGGGGUCUCCUUUCGCCAUUGUCAUCACCCAGCAGCACCAAGUCCACCACUCUUGCACGGUCAACAUCAUGUUCGGCACACCGCAAGAGCACCGCAACAUGCCUCAGGCGGAUGCCAUGGUCCUCGUGGCCAGGAACUACGAGCGCUACAAGACUGAGAUCCGGGAGAAGGAGCGCGAAGAGAUAGCGCGGCAAGCUGCCAAGAUGGCUGACGAGACCAUUCUGCAGGAGCGAGAGCGCCCCUCACCUGUUGAGGAGGGGGCCCGAGGGAGCCACCCGCCAGGCAUCCAGUCUCUCCUCAACUUGCUGGCGGAUAACCGCUAUUUGACCGCAGAAGAGACCGACAAGAUCAUUAACUACCUGCGAGAGCGCAAGGAGCGGCAGCUGCGAGCCAGCACGGAUCCUCUGUCCGCUUCCCUUCCCAGGCAAACCCUUGGGGCAUCGUCGGGGUCCUCGCUGUCCACCCCAGCCAACCUGCCAAGCUCCCAGGCUCAUCAGAGCGCCCAGCCUCUGCCACAGCCCGCCUCGGCCACAGUGGCUUCGAAUUCCCAGCAGGAGCUGCAGGCCAAGAUCCUGAGUCUCUUUAACAGUGGGGCGGCCGCUGCCGCCGCAGCUGCUGCCGCCAACAGCAGCUCCGCCAUGGGCGGCACUCAGAGUCAAAGCUUUCCGCCCAGCUCUGGCGCACCAAGCCGGGCUGCGCAGCUCAGUUCCGCCGGCUUAGGCCAGUCCCAGCAGCGGGCCCAAGGCCAGGGCCCCCAGUUUCCAAACCAUCCGGGCCCUGCCAGGAAUGCCGGCCCCCGGGCGGCAGCUCCACAGUCCCAGCCGCUGUACCAGAACCGGCCGCCUGCCCCGGGCAACGCGUCAGCCCAGCGGGCAGCACCUUCCUCUGGGAUCAACUUUGACAAUCCCAGUGUGCAGAAGGCCCUGGACACGUUGAUCCAGAGUGGCCCGGCCCUCUCCCACCUGGUGAGCCAGACAGUGGGCCAGAUGCGGGCAGUGCCUCCUGCCCAGCAGCCCAUGGGCUCCUACCAGCGGCAUUACUGA